AGGGCAUUACAGAUACAAGUACAUGACAGACAGGAUGGAUGCUUCAGUGGAAAAACCGUCUGGUCCUGCAGACAUGGAGGUUUCCAGUGACAAGCUUUUCUGCUGCAGGGGAGUUCGUAACAAGGUCCCUCUGACCUACAGAGAGGAACUGUAUCACAUCCUGAGGAUGACGGGGCCUCUGCUGCUGUCUCGAAUCCUCAAUUACAUGCUUCCGUUUGUGGUUACAAUGUUUUGUGGCCGUCUGGGAAACGAUGUGAUGGCCGGCUAUGGAUUAGCUUCCGCUACCAUUAACGUGAGCACAGCAGCGACAGGCACUGGUCUGGCACUGGCGUGUGAUACUUUGGUGUCUCAGACCUUUGGUGGUAAGAACCUGCUGCGUGUGGGAGUGAUCCUUCAGCGAGGCAUCAUUAUCCUGCUAUUGUUCUGUCUCCCCUGCUGGGGUCUCCUCAUUAAUGCAGAGGCCAUCCUCUUAUGUCUGGGCCAGGACCGUGAGGUGGCCCGAAUAGCUCAGCUGUAUAUUACAGCCUUCCUUCCUGCAGUGCCGGCAAUGUUUCUACAUCAACUUCAGGUGUCUUAUCUACAGAACCAGGGAAUAAUAUUGCCACAAAUGUACACUGCUGCUCUCGCAAAUAUUGCAAACGUGGUGACAAACUACAUCUUUCUUUACUGGCUGGAUCUUGGUGUUGGUGGCUCUGCAGCAGCCCACACUCUAGCUUGGAUUUACAUCUGCGCUUUUCUGUUUGUGUACAUCUGGUGGAAGAAACUCCAUAUAUCAACAUGGGGAGGCUGGUCUGCAGAAUCACUGCAGGAGUGGGGCUCCUACAUGAAGCUGGCCAUUCCCAGUACCUUAAUGACUUGUUUUGAGUGGUGGGUUUAUGAGUUUGGAGGAUUCUUUGCAGGAAUGCUGGGUGAAGAUGAGCUGGCAGCUCAACAUGCUGUGAUAAUGGUGGCUUUCAUUACUUACAUGUUCCCUCUUGGUAUUCAAGCUGCAGCAUGUGCCCGUGUGGGCAAUGCUCUUGGGGCUGGAGACACUGACAGGGCGAUUCUAUCAGCCAAGAUGUCACUGGCUCUUGCAGGUAGUUUUGCUGUUGUUGAAGGCCUCUUCCUGGGUGCUACUAAAACAAUCAUUGGAUUCAUCUUCACAUCUGAUGAAAAAAUUGUAGCUCUGGUGUCACAGUUGAUGAACGCUUAUUGUUUCCUUCAAUUUUUUGAUGGCCUUGUGUGUGUGUGCACAGGCAUCUUCUUGGGUACUGGCAAACAGAAGAUACCAGCUGCGGCUAAUCUCAUUGGAUACUACUGCAUAGGGCUUUCAUUGAGCAUCACUCUGAUGUUUGUUGUAAAACUAGGAGUGCUAGGUUUUUGGCUUGGACUGCUCAUUUGCGUCAUCUUACAGUCCACCUUUUACAUCAUUGUCAUCUUCAAGCUGAACUGGAAGAGAAUGACAGAUGAGGCUGUGAAACUAGCUCAGAAAAAUACUUACAUGGCAGCAUUAGGCACGGAUGUUGUUUCAGACACUGGCCAAACAUCAAGCAAUGGGAAUUCAGUAGAUGGCUACACACCAGUGAGUACCAAGUGCCAAGCGACACAGGGCGAACACGUGGACCACGACCCGAAGAGCAGCCAUCUCUCCAUCACUCAGCUGAUCAUCAGGCAAGGCCUCACUAUGUUUGCAGCUGUUGGACUUCUUGCUGUGGGAGUAGGUGUGUACUUCCUUGUGCCUUUGCCAGAGACGAUACCUGCAAACUCUACAAUGGACAGGAUUAAUAGUACAGAUACUCCUGAUCAAAUCUCCACCAGUGUGAUGGUCACAUUAGAGAGAUAGCGUAAAAACACAGUGUUAAGCUCUUACAGAAUGAUUGUCUUGGACUGUUUCAGGACCCAACUGUAACAGAUGUGAUUCAAAAAUAAGGUGAAUUAAUGGUGUUGGGUACAUUUCAUUUUCUUCAAAUUAUCAUCAUUAUUAAGUAAUAAAUGACCUAUUUCAUCACAAAGUGAUGAAUGUGUAUCUGAUUGUUUUAUCAGCAUUUUGUUUUUAAGAAUACAUGUCAACAGUUGCUAAGUAUAAAUCCUGCCUGGAGAUGAAAAUUAAACUUUGUCUAAUGACCAAAGAAACAAUGCUGUUGACAGAAAUGUAAAUAGAUGUUCCAUUUUAAUUAUUAAAAAAAAACAUUUUAGGUUGAA